AUGCCGCAACUACAGGUCAUGGUCGGCCCAGACCGAUUCCACCUCGAACCCUGCCGCCUCAACGACACGGCACACCCGCACGAAAUCGAAAACGAACACUUCAUCGGCCGCGUCCUCGUUCGCAUCCUCGACGCUCCCGGCGCAAGGCAGGGUGAACCCGGCCGCGAGUACUUCCAGGACCGCUCCCGCAAGUUCUGCAUCCAGAUCGAAGGCCGCUUCAAGCAGCGCCACUCGGGCAACGACAUCCUCUUUGGCACCGAUUUCGACAAGCUCAUCGACUUUCCCCGCGCUCCCUUCAACGCAGGCAUGCGCGUCGCCCGCAUGAUCGACCCGGCCACCUUCUACGACAUCCAGCCCGCCUCCGGCCGACCCUACAUCAUGUCGCCCUACAUCGCCUGCAUGAACACCAUCUGCGCCUGGCCGGCUCCCUCGCGCGCCCACGACGCCGUCGUCGUCCUCCGACACACCCACCGCUCCGACUCGCCCAACCCGACGCGCCCCUCCUCGCCCUCGCUCACCAACCCGGAAAAGGGCUUCAACGACCCGCACUCGAGCCUCUCCGCUGCCGCACAAAACGACGGCGACGGCGACGAAGGUGACGACAUUGUCCCCGCAGAGCAGCUCCACCACGCCCCCAUCGAUGCCGCCGCAGACGACACGGCCGCGGCCAAGAAGAAGAAAAAGGGCUGGCUGAGCGGCUUCGGCAUGGGCGGCUCGGCGGCGCCAAAGGAAGAGCGAGUGCUCAAGCGAUACUGGCGCUUCGUCGGAUUCCGCGACGAGCCCCGCGUGCGUGCGCUCCUCGACGCGCACCACGCCAAGCUCAGCGAGGCCCACCAGCAGAAGCAGGCCAAUAAGUCCAACGAGCUCACCGCCGGCGGCACAGGCACCGGCACCGGGUCCGAUCGACACCUCAGCGUCAGCAGCGACGACACCUCGACCCGCACCAGCACCGAGGUCCAGCACGCCCCCGCCCAGCAGACGCUCUCGAGGCUCGGCACCAGCUUUCGGCGCGACGUCGGACACUCGCCCGACCGGCCGGGCACGCCCGAGCACGCGACCGUCGACGACGAUGGCACCAGCAGCGGCGGCGGGCUCAGCCUUCCCGUGUCUCCUCGCAUUGGCAGCCAAGAACUGGCCACCGCGCCACCUGCGGAUGUUGCCGAGAUCGCGUCGCCGCGUGACAGGCCGGCACCUGCCAUCUCGUCAAUCGGCACCGUCGGAGCCGGUCUUGGCGGGCCAGUAGAAGGGGCGUCCAAUAACAGCCAAACGGCGCCUACGCCAGCCUCGUCGGCGGCGGCAAACGGCGUUGGCGCACCAGCGGAGGCAGCCAAAGCGCCCACGCCCGCCAACACCUCGUCCGCGCAGCCGUCGAGCCGCUCGGCAAACGAGACGGCGCCCGGCGAGCCGAAGCCGGAGCUGCCCAAGUUGGAGCGGAUCACGACCGACGUGCGGGAAGAGAUGCAGCAGUCGGCCAAGUCGGACGGCUUGCGCGACGGCGACUUUAAGCUGGCCGACGCUCUGCAACGCACUCACCUCUCACCUUCGCCAUCGUCGUCUCCCUCUCCGCACAACACCACCUCGACGGGCAGCACCUCGAUGAGCACGGGUACGCCGUCCAAGAUGGACGCUGCGCUGGGGCCGUGGCGUUUUUCGGAUCCGGGGACCGACAUGGUCGAGGACAACGCCUUCAUCUUUACCAACAAGAGCCUGCCCGUUCCCAAGCGGCGGCGCUACUUUGCCGACGCGCGGCACCGCGACGACUUCCACUACGACCCGGACGUCGUGUACGCCACCAGCUUCUUCACCGACGCCAUGGACUUUAACACGUUUAACCUCGGCAUCGGGCCCGUACGGCUCAACCUGCACCGCUUCUUUGUCGACAUGCCCGUACGGUAUACCCUUCGCAGCGCCCGCGACGAGGAGGCUACCAUGGUCACGAUCAGUUUCCAGCUCGUCUAG